AUGGCGAGCCCGGAUGCGCAUCACGUCCACCACCUGCAUGGGUAUAGCCCGGCGGUGGACCCCCUGGCGCUUAUCGACGCGCUUGCGGGCGGCGCGGUGGACGGCGAGGGUCCACAGAGGGCCGGCGCGGAGGCGGGGCCCGUGCGGAUCCUGGAUGCGGGGUCCUCCGACGGCAGACAUAUGGUGCACGCAAUGUGUCGGAGAUACAGGCACCCGGGAGCGCGCGCGCGCGGCGUGGAGAUCGUGCUGUUCGAGGAGGCGCCGGAAGUCCUGGCGCGGAGUCUCGUGUUGCUCUGCGCCGUCCUAGACGACACUCUUCCGGCGCGGGCCCGCGCGGAGACGUUCCUGGAGAUCCACCACAACGCGGUGAUCAGCCAGAGGACCGCGGCGCACGUCGAGCGGUACGGAAAAACCGUCGAGGAGCUCGUGCUUGCCGCCCAGGAGGGAAAGAAGCGCGGCGAACACCCUGCAGGGACACUGGGGCGGCUCCUGGACUUCGGGGGCCUCAAGUACGGCGACCGGGACGCUCUCGUGGAGGCGCUGCGCAACACGCGGCGCGCGUUCGAGUACGACAUGGCCGAGGCGUGGGACAAGCGUCUUCGGAAGAACCUCGGCGAGCGCUACGAUACUGCCAAGAACGUCGUGGACUGGGACUACCAGAUGCGCCUCGCGCCCAUGGGCACUCCGGCCCCGGGGGGGGAGUCUCCGGCUGACGCAGGAACCAUCAUCCAUCAGCUGCACUUUCGAUCGUGGCGGCUCCGCGGCGUGGCGUACGAGCUCCGCGGCGUGCGGUACUGCGAGGCGAACCGCACGCUGAUCUCCACGGCGUCGGGGCGGACGCAGGAGUUCAAGGACCGCCACGGAACGGACCGGGGGAGGAGUGUUGUUGCCAAGGGGUUUUGGGGGGAUGUAUUGAGCGGACCGUUCCACUGCUACGGCACGGUGUGCGAGGAGCCCGGGUACUACAAGAUCGCGAACCGGCAGUGGACGCGGACGGCGGUGGACGUCGCGGAGCACAACGUGGUGGCGUUGCUGCAUGAGCUGCGGACGGGGGGCAAGUACGAGGCGGCGCGGGAGGGGCAGGAGCUGCCCGUGGCGCGCAAGGCGGAGGGGCCGACGACGCGGGACGACUUGAUCGACGCGACGUCCGCGGAGGCGGUGCAGGCCCAGGAGGGCGCCGUGGCAGACGCGCUGGGUGUCGACGUGUCUCAGAAGCUCAGCGUCGACGACGGGGCCGCGGGGAAGGCGGCGGCGGCGGGGGCGGGGGCGGAGACGGAGGAGGAGAGGCUGGAGGCGGAGCGGGAGGCGGAGCUGAACGCGGCGAUGUGGGCGGCGCUGGAGGGAAUGGUGGUGACGUGCGCGUGCGGGGCGGACGUGCGGAGAGCGGUGACGGGGAAGAGCGCGAACAAGAGCGCGCCGUUCGACGCGGUGCUCGUCGGGCGCGGCGCCAUGCACUUGAUCGAGCCCAAGCAAGACCUCUCGCGCGUGGUGCGCCCCGGCACCGUCCUCGCGGUCGAGUCCGUCAAGUACAUGCUGGACGUCGCGAAGGAGAACGUCGACGCCUUCCCAAAGAACGUCGCGGCGCUCCUCGAGCCUGAGGGCUGGCAGGCGGUGGCGACCCCGCCGCAGGAGCCGGCGCUGGCGAAGCGGUGGCAGGACGAGAAGCUCGUCGUCGACGGCCACGUGGUGUUCCGGAGACAGUAG